CAAGGAACGAGUGAGUUCAUCCACCAACCUUGCUUGAGAGUUUGAGUGGCUAAACUCUUUCCUCUGCCUACAUUUCCCAGAAUUCUGGUUUAUCCUCAAUACCUGCUCACAAGUAUGGGAGUUUCACUACAUCAAAAUGAGUAAGACCUGGGAUGAAGCACGACAGUACUGCCGAGAGAAAUACACAGACCUCGCCAAGAUUGAGAGCAAAGAGGACAUCAGCAGACUGAACGCUCCUUUUUCCUACAGCUGGGUGUGGUUUGGACUCCGGGACGACCCAAAAUCCUGGAAAAACACAAUGGGUUCUGACGCAAACUCCUGGAGAUGGUCAACAACUGGAGAAACCGGACAAACUGCUUACCACACAUGGAGUUUGGGUGAACCAAACUACAGCGGCGCUAACGAAACAUGUGUAGUGAUGACCAGUACAGGACAGUGGGCUGACAGGACAUGCAGCCUGCAGAGAAACUUCAUCUGCUUCACCACCACAGAGAGAAAUGAGAAGAAAUACGUCUACAUCUCAGCCCAGGAAGCAUGGAGCUCUGCUCUGACGUACUGCAGAACGCACCACACAGACCUGGCGAUGAUCGAGAACAAGGCCCAAAAUGACGAAGCCCGAAAUGCAAACCCAACAGCCAGCGAAGUUUGGAUCGGUCUGUACCGAGUGCCGUGGAUCUGGGCCGACGAGAGCCAAACUCUCUUCCGACCGUGGCACUUCUCCCUGAAUAACUACGACGGCAAACAGCACUGUGCAUCUGAAAACAACGUCCACCAGUGGGGUGACGAAGACUGCAGUGUCAGGAGACCCUUCAUCUGCCAUCGAGUUUCAAGGAAGUUGACGACUGUGAGGAUAAAGUCUGUGACUGACGUUGACUGGACUGAUCCAGCUGUCAACUCCCAGGUCCUCCAGCAGAUUGCAAUUCCACCUAAAACCAAAGGUUUGUGUUCACCUGACUACAGCUACACAGAGAAGACCUUCCCUUUGUCUCCAAAGAACCCUGACCGCAUUGGUUCAGAUGCCCUCGUAUCUCUACCCUCAAGAAAUCACAAAUAA